AUGAGUUAUAUAGGUAUUGUGAAUGUCAUUUCAAUCAUUGUUCUUGUAUUUACUAUUAUAUUGGCGUUAAUUUAUUUAAUUCCAAUUAUAUUUCUUCGUCGUUUUCAUACUGUCAAUAAUAUAAUCACUGUUAAUCUUUGUUUCGCUGCACUGUGUUGUGCUAUGUUCUGGACUUUUCUUAUUAUUAUGGAAAUAUUUUAUGCUAAUAGUUCAUAUAAUGGUAAAGUAUGUAUUGUUGCAACCUAUUUUGAAAUGAUGUGCAAUCUACAAGUAUCACUUGCUAUAGUUGGAGCAUCAGUUAAUCGUCUGUGUUCAAUAGUGUAUCAUACAAAACCCUUUUUAAGAACAAAAAAAUGGACAAUAAUAUUUGUUAUGGGUCAAUGGGCAGUUGGUAUCAUUCUUUCAUUACCAGAUCUUCCAUUUAAUGAUUCAAGUUGUGAUGAUCAAUUAUGGAAAGCAAUUUAUAAAUUUAUAAUUAUUGUAAUUAUUCCAUCAAUAAUAUGCUUGAUGAAUAAUAUAAUGAUUUUCAAGUAUGUUCGUUCUUCAACAAAUCGUGUUCAAACAUCAUUAGAAAAUGCAAAGAAUACUGCACACCAACGUCAACAUCUUAGUCGUCGUGAUUUACAUUUACUUCGACAUAUGAUUGUGAUGUUUUGUAUAAUUAUUUUAGGAUGGAGUCCAAUUUAUUUAUACUCAGCAAUCAUUUAUGAUACCACUUUUAGUUCGAUAAUCGGUCCAGUGUUUAUUUUAUUAGCUAUAUUAUCUUUAUUAGCUGUUAUAAGUAAUCUAUAUUUAUAUAAUCAUGAACUACGACGAUAUUUUCGUGAGAAGAUAUUUCAUCGUCAUUGA